CUAUCUCGCUCGUGAUGCCAAUAAAAAAAAUAAUAAAUAAAAAAAAAAAGGAAAGCGAACUUUCACCAUUAGAUAAGUAAUAAGUUUUGCCAUUCUCUUCUUAACCAUUUAAUUUGGCUCGCUACUAAACUGAAAUCGGAAUUUUAAAGCAAUGGCAAGAGCUGCUCCGGUAAAACUUGCUUUUUAUGUUGCUGAGCCGGAAAAUGGAGCAGAUGAGAAAGCAUCUCCGAUUAUCUUUCUUCAUGGAAUAACAGCGUGUAAAGAACUAUGGGGGACAGUUCCGCAAACAGUAGCAAAUAUGUCAAAAAGAAGGGCAUAUGUUGUUGACCAACGAAAUCAUGGAGAUGGUGAGUGGUCAGAUAUUUUCACUUUCGACGUUCUGGUAGAUGAUAUCUUGAACUUCAUGGAUGAAAAUAAAAUCAAGAAGGCAAUACUAAUCGGUCACAGCAUGGGAGGAAUAGUCGGCAUCAAAACUGCUUUAAAAAAUCCCCAGAGAAUUGAAGCUUUGAUAGUGGAAGACAUGAUUGUGGGACACGUUGAUAAAGAAUUACUUGGAGUGAUAGAAGCAGUUAUAUCUAAGAGUUAUGAAAUAGCUAUGCAUAUUCCAGCUGGUACUGAUGAAAAAGAAGCUUUACAGUUCUUUUUGGUGUCUAUGGCAGAAGUCAUGAAGAUAGUUCCAGAAAGUUUAGUAGGGAAAUUGAAAAAGUCACAACUUCCUCCCUACAGUUUUCUCAGGUGCAAUGAAAAUGGUCAGUGGAGCCACAGAAACAACUUAAAAGUACUUCUUAAAGCUCUUAAGGAACCUGAAACACUGAUGAGCGAACCAGAAGGUGUUUACACUGGUCCAACUUCUUUUAUUUACGGCACUGCGUCAUGUUUUCCAGUUGCAGAAAACGAACCUCGCAUCAAGAAACAUUUCCCUAACGCCGAAUUGACACCGAUCGAAGGAGCUUCUCAUAACAUCACUACAGAUUGUCCUGAAGAGUUAAUAAAAGCUUUCUUAGAUUUUAUAUCUAGAAUUUAUCUUCAAAGGGAAAGGGUCAUGGCAAGUUACACUCCGAUAAAACUAGCCCAUUAUAUUGCUGAGCCAGAAAAUGGAACAGAUACCCAACUGUCACCAAUCAUUUUCCUUCAUGGACUAACUGCAACAAAAGAAAUAUGGGAGAAAAUUCCUCAAAUAGUAGCAUCCAAAACGAAAAGGAGAGCAUAUGUCGUUGAUCAACGAAAUCAUGGAGAUACUGAAUGGACGGAUUUAUUCAACUUUGACAUACUAACAGACGACUUGUUACAUUUUAUGGAUGAAAAAAGGAUUGAAAAAGCAGUGCUUAUUGGACACAGUAUGGGAGGAGUAGUAGCCUUAAAGGCAGCUCUAAAACAUUCUGAAAAAGUUGAAGCAUUGAUUGUAGAAGAUAUGAUUGUUGGAAAACUACCCAAUGACAGAUUGAAGUUCCUGAAGUCAAUGUUACAUAAAAGUCGUGAAUUUGUUCAAAAAAUACCAGUAAAAGUUGAUGAAAGUCAAGCCGUUUCAUUAUAUAGAGACUUUCUGCAAGAAAUAGCAAAAACGGCUUCAGAAAACAUAAGAAGACAAAUAAAGAAGAGAGACACUGGUCCGGACUAUUUAAGACUCAGGCGCGAUGAAAACGGUCGAUGGGACUUCAAAAGCAAUUACAUGGGAAUAAUUAAAGCUCUUAGUGAUCCGGAUAACUUGACGUCAGAACCUGAAGGCACUUUUAAUGGACCAGCGUGUUUCAUUUAUGGAACGUUAUCACAUUUGCCAGUACCAGCAAAUGAACCUCAGAUUAAGAAGCACUUUCCUAAUGCUGAAUUGGUGCCAAUUGAAGGAGCAACACAUCAUAUUUCUGCUGACUGCCCAGAAGAAUUGACAAAGGCCUUUUUGGAAUUUAUAUCAAACAUUUCAUAGUGAAAGUGAAAUUUUUGAACUCUAUACACUUCUAAAGUUUUCUUCAUACAAUUUUUUAAUAAAAC